UGGAGCAACAACCUGGCGGUGCUCGAGUGCCUGCAGGACGUGAGGGAGCCUGAAAAUGAAAUUUCUUCAGACUGCAAUCAUUUAUUGUGGAAUUAUAAGCUGAACCUAACUACAGAUCCCAAAUUUGAAUCUGUGGCCAGAGAGGUUUGCAAAUCUACCAUAUCAGAGAUUAAAGAAUGUGCUGAUGAGCCAGUUGGAAAAGGUUACAUGGUUUCUUGCUUGGUGGAUCACCGAGGCAACAUCACUGAGUAUCAGUGUCACCAGUACAUUACCAAGAUGACUGCCAUCAUUUUCAGUGAUUACCGUUUAAUCUGUGGCUUCAUGGAUGACUGCAAAAAUGACAUCAACAUCCUGAAAUGCGGCAGCAUUCGGCUUGGAGAAAAGGAUGCACAUUCACAAGGUGAGGUGGUAUCGUGCUUGGAGAAAGGCCUGGUGAAGGAAGCAGAAGAAAGAGAUCCCAAGAUUCAAGUCUCUGAACUCUGCAAGAAAGCCAUUCUCCGGGUGGCUGAGCUGUCCUCAGAUGACUUUCAUUUAGACCGGCAUUUAUAUUUCGCUUGCCGAGAUGAUCGAGAGCGUUUUUGUGAAAAUACACAGGCUGGUGAAGGCAGAGUGUAUAAGUGCCUCUUUAACCAUAAAUUUGAAGAAUCCAUGAGUGAAAAGUGUCGGGAAGCACUAACGACCCGCCAAAAGCUGAUUGCCCAGGAUUAUAAAGUCAGCUAUUCAUUGGCCAAAUCCUGUAAGAGUGAUUUGAAGAAAUACCGGUGCAAUGUGGAAAAUCUUCCUCGGUCCCGGGAGGCCAGGCUCUCUUACCUUCUAAUGUGCCUGGAGUCAGCUGUGCACAGAGGGCGACAAGUGAGCAGUGAGUGCCAGGGCGAGAUGUUAGAUUACCGACGCAUGUUGAUGGAAGAUUUUUCUUUGAGCCCUGAGAUCAUCCUAAGCUGUCGGGGGGAGAUUGAACACCACUGUUCUGGAUUACAUCGAAAAGGGCGAACCCUGCACUGUCUAAUGAAAGUAGUUCGGGGAGAGAAGGGGAACCUUGGAAUGAACUGCCAGCAGGCGCUUCAAACUCUGAUUCAAGAGACUGACCCCGGUGCGGAUUACCGCAUUGAUCGAGCUUUGAAUGAAGCUUGUGAAUCUGUAAUACAGACAGCCUGCAAACACAUAAGAUCCGGAGACCCAAUGAUCCUCUCGUGUCUGAUGGAACAUUUAUACACAGAGAAAAUGGUGGAAGACUGUGAGCACCGUCUCUUAGAGCUGCAGUAUUUCAUCUCCCGAGAUUGGAAGUUGGACCCUGUCUUAUACCGCAAGUGCCAGGGAGAUGCUUCUCGUCUUUGCCACACCCACGGUUGGAAUGAGACCAGUGAACUUAUGCCUCCUGGAGCUGUGUUCUCUUGUUUAUAUAGACACGCCUACCGCACUGAGGAACAGGGAAGGAGGCUCUCACGAGAGUGCCGAGCUGAAGUCCAAAGGAUCCUACACCAACGUGCCAUGGAUGUUAAGCUAGAUCCUGCCCUCCAGGAUAAGUGCCUGAUUGAUCUAGGAAAAUGGUGUAGUGAGAAGACAGAGACUGGACAGGAGCUUGAGUGCCUCCAGGACCAUCUGGAUGAUUUGGCCGUGGAGUGCAGAGAUAUAGUUGGCAACCUCACCGAGUUAGAAUCAGAGGAUAUUCAAAUAGAAGCCUUGCUGAUGAGAGCCUGCGAGCCCAUAAUUCAGAACUUUUGCCACGAUGUGGCAGAUAACCAGAUAGACUCUGGGGACUUGAUGGAGUGUCUGAUACAAAACAAGCACCAGAAAGAAAUGAAUGAGAAGUGUGCCAUUGGAGUCACCCACUUCCAGCUGGUGCAGAUGAAGGAUUUUCGGUUCUCUUACAAGUUUAAAAUGGCUUGCAAGGAGGAUGUGUUGAAACUUUGCCCUAACAUAAAAAAGAAGGUGGACGUGGUCAUCUGCCUGAGCACCACCGUGCGCAAUGACACUCUACAGGAAGCCAAGGAGCACAGGGUGUCUCUCAAGUGCCGCAAGCAGCUCCGCGUGGAGGAGCUAGAGAUGACAGAAGACAUCCGUCUGGAACCAGAUCUGUAUGAAGCCUGCAAGAGUGACAUCAAGAACUACUGUUCCACGGUGCAGUAUGGCAAUGCUCAGAUUAUUGAAUGUCUGAAAGAAAACAAGAAACAGCUAAGUACCCGUUGCCACCAGAAAGUAUUUAAGCUGCAGGAGACAGAGAUGAUGGACCCAGAACUAGAUUACACUCUCAUGAGAGUCUGCAAACAGAUGAUAAAGAGGUUCUGUCCAGAAGCAGAUUCUAAAAACAUGUUGCAGUGUUUGAAGCAAAAUAAAAACAGUGAAUUGAUGGAUCCCAAAUGCAAACAGAUGAUAACUAAGCGCCAGAUCACACAGAACACAGAUUACCGCUUAAACCCUGUGCUAAGGAAAGCCUGUAAAGCUGACAUUCCUAAAUUCUGUCAUGGUAUCCUGACUAAGGCCAAGGAUGAUUCAGAGCUAGAAGGUCAAGUCAUCUCUUGCCUCAAGCUGAGAUACGCUGACCAGCGCCUGUCUUCAGACUGCGAAGACCAGAUCCGGGUUAUUAUCCAGGAGUCUGCUCUAGAUUACCGACUAGAUCCUCAGCUACAGCUGCACUGCUCAGAUGAGAUCUCCAGUCUAUGUGCUGAAGAAGCAGCAGCCCAGGAGCAGACAGGGCAAGUAGAGGAGUGCCUCAAAGUCAACCUGCUCAAGAUCAAAACUGAAAUGUGUAAAAAGGAAGUGUUAAACAUGCUGAAGGAAAGCAAAGCAGACAUCUUUGUGGACCCAGUACUUCAUACAGCUUGUGCCCUGGACAUUAAACACCACUGUGCAGCCAUCACCCCUGGCCGAGGGCGUCAAAUGUCCUGCCUCAUGGAAGCCCUGGAGGAUAAGCGGGUGAGGUUACAACCCGAGUGCAAAAAACGUCUUAAUGACCGGAUUGAAAUGUGGAGUUAUGCAGCAAAGGUGGCUCCAGCAGAUGGCUUCUCUGAUCUCGCCAUGCAAGUGAUGACAUCCCCAUCAAAGAACUACAUUCUCUCCGUGAUCAGUGGGAGCAUCUGUAUAUUGUUCCUGAUUGGCCUAAUGUGUGGACGUAUCACCAAGCGAGUGACACGAGAGCUUAAGGACAGGUAGAGCCACCUUGACCACCAAAGGAACUACCUGUCCAGUGCCCAGUUUGUACAGCCCUCCUGUAUAGUGUACCCACUCACCUCGCUCUUCUAAGAGGUGACACCAACACCUGUGUUAGAGCAACAGCAAGUGUCCACUGCAUUGUCCCAUCCAGACUUCGUCUGUGUCCAUGGUGUCCUCCUCCUGAAUCAUUUGUGCAGCAGCAGCAGCUGGCCAAUUUGGUGGUUGCCUUUGUUGGCAAACUUGGGUUUACCUGCCCAUAGACAAGUCUCUCUCAUACCAACAAAACUACCAGUACUUCCAGAACCAACUCACUGACCUGCAACUCAAAUGUUUUUUUUAAAAAACCACCAAAAAAAAAAAAAAAGAAAAGAAAAUUUUAAAGAAGAAAAUGUAUAUAGUAACAUAUCUCCUCCAGGCUUCAUUUGGACAGUGGGGUUAUUUCUUCUGCAUGACCAAGUAAAAUGAAGGCAGGACUUAGAGGGGAAACAUACCACCCAAUACGCCUGUAACUGAGAUGUCUUGUUCAUCUCUCAGAAGUACCUUUGGGCCAUGUCAGGGCUAUGGACUUCACCAAGUAGUGAGAAAACACUAACAAGCCUGCUUUGGGUCCUGUUUUCUUCUGCUAAAACAGUGAUGCCUUCCAGUUCCCACCCUAAAUGAGCCACUUCUGGUCACAUCCCCAAAGCCAUGGUUAUUAUUAUGAUUUCCUCACCUCAGUGAAAUAAAGCGUGAGCUUUCCUGGGCCAAGGGCAAAUUUGUUGGGGAAGGGAUCAGAAGUUUGUGAAGCUGGACAGUCCAUUGAUCUGCACUGAGAGGCUGGAUUUUGAGUCCCCAGGCAGCAGAAUCCCAGUAACCUUCCUCCUCCAGGAUAGUGCAGGACUCAGCCACAUCUGGACUGGCCCUACUGAUGUAGCAGUUACUCUAGAAGUUCUUUGCUUCACCAAGAGACAGUGACUGUGCAGGGAGGGGUGCUUUAAGACUUGGGUGGGGAGCAGCAGGGCAGGAAGGAGGAACAAGGGUUUGAUUCACUUUGUUUUAUUUUUCAGGCUACAAUACAGGUCAGAGAUAAUGGCUUAUAAAGAUUUAGCAUGGUUUCAGGAUGUGACUGGCAGUCCAACCUGACCUUUCUGCACGCUCCAGGCAAACUUCCCAGACAAGCUCCUUUGUGCCUCUACAUGGAGAGGGUGUGGAAAGUUAUUACAUUAAAAGGUGGAGGAUUUUCUCCGUUUUUUUUUGUUUGUUUGUUUCUGUCCAUUUGCUGCAUGUACCCACUCAAGUAGGCAUGGGCUAAAAGUUGUGUUUCGGUGAUUCACCAACCUCUCCAGAAUCUGAGCUUUAUAGAAGCAGUAUUUCCGGCCAUCCCCCUUUGUUCCUCCAGUGGGGAGAUGACAGGUCUGGGGUAUGAGGGGGAGGAGUCCAGGCGUCCUGGUUCAACCUGGCACACCUUUGGUUGAGUUUGGGGCACGAGGUCGUAGUGGCUGCACAAGAGGGCAGCAUGUACAGUAGGAGAUAUAUUUAUAUAAUAUAUAUUUUAUUAACCUGUUAGAUUUCCACAAAGUAUUAUAAAUCAUGUGCCUAAAACUAUCCACAUAGACCGAGGCCUGUUCACGGCGCCCUUCCUUCUCCUGCCUCUCCUUUGUGCUGUCCGCGUGUGUUGCCGUACCUGAGCAACAUUUGUCUUCCUGAAGUUUGUUCAGGACAGGGCGUGUCAGUUUGUGGAUCAGUUGAUCCAGAUGACUCCUUGUCUAACCUGACUGAUGUGUAUUUGAAUACCGUGGUUUUCUUCCUUUUCUUUCUUUUCUCUUUUUCACUGACCUUCCUGGAGGCAGUGGGUUCCAGAAGUCAGUUAUCCCGCCUUCCUAGGGUAAUGUAAGUCACCAAGGGGAGCUGCUAAGCUGCUUGGUCCCCUCAGUCCUGUUCAUAGGGUCUUCCUGACUCUCAGUAACUGUCAUGGGAUUCUUCAAUCUCAUAAAACUUGACACGUUUGGAGUACAAGCAGCACACCCUUAUCACCACCACUGGGGGGCGGAAUUGAGCUGGUUCAGAUAUUCCCUCUCCAGUGGUUCCCAUCUGGAUGGCAGGGGCUGCUGAGCCUUGAUAUCAGUAAGUGGGAAUGUCAUCUAGAUGCUGGCCUCCACCAACACGUCUGGUGUGGUUUACAGGGUAGGAUUAACGUUCACUGUUUAACUCGGGUGGUGGUGUCAUUCUCCAUGUCUGCAGUCUCCCUCCCAAUAUAGGUAAAACAUCCUUAUAUUUCUAGUGCUUCUCACUAUUUCUGUUCUUUCUAAACUGAGAGAAAAUCCCAUUAGUUGUGUGCAGCAGAUUUGGAAGUUUGAUGAGGAGUUUAGUUCUUGAAAUAUUUGUCAUCUUUAGAAAAAAAGGUCAGAACAGAAAGAAUGACUCUGCCGGUAUCUUCAGUUGCUUGUUACAGGAAAGUCUUUCAUCAGCCUACUUGGAGUAGUUUCCUGUGACUGGCUUUUGAGAGUCAGGCAGGGUCCCGAGCAAGUUUUUCUAAGUCCAAGGGGCCCAGCACCAUCUGAACUGGCUGCCCGACCACAUCCAUUCAGUACCUCAUUUGGCAUAACAAAAUAGGUUCUGGGAACCCCUGUUUCCUGGCCUCAUAGUUUGAUCAGACUGUAAAUCAGCUAGUCAAAACUAGUCUGGAAGAGGAACUGUGACCCUAACGUAGGAGCUGAUGGUGGACUCUGGCCUUUAUCUCUUCUCCUGAUGUCUAGCCCACAAACAAUAAUAUAAAUAGUGGGUAGGGUUUUUUGCCAAGGCUAAGGCUCCAGGCACUUGCUGAAAAUUACAGCAGCUGGUCACUGUCAUCUGGCCUUGCCCUUUCAUACCAGUGUCUCGGGGACUCUUACACCCAGUGUGCUCCACAACCCUCCAGAGGCACCGGGAGUCCAGGCUCCUGAGCUGGAGGCACUGUAGUACAGGAGAUAGAAGUCUGGGCAAAAUGUCAGGAACAAGACUAAUAGCUCCCUCUAAUGGAGCUUCUCCCACAGAAGGGGAGCUCUGUGAGUGAGACCUUUACUUUGGUACAUCCCUGUACUUCCUCUGCUGUUGCUACUGUCCCAAGACAAGUCUGCUACCAAGAUGCACCAACUCCAAAGGCUUGGGCUUGCUCCAGGAAAUCCUUCUUUCUCUGCGUUCCCUGGAGACCCUCUGGCUACCACUCCCAGCUCCAGCUCUGUGUAUCCAGUCAGCUUGUUCUGAGCCAGUGCAUCCUUAGAAGCUAGGAGAAUUCUAGGACUACCGAUGAACUAGUAUUUAAUGAGCAGGUGUUGACUUGAACUCAUUGCAGGCCUUCGGCCAUCUCAUCCUGCACUCACCCUUCUCGGGCACAGGGAGCAGCUCAGUCGGGGGAGGCAGGGGUGCAGUGCGGGCAAUGGCGAGGCCAUCUGCGUUCACGUUUUACGUUUUAUUAGACAAACUGGAAAGGGAAUUAUGUGGCUGACUUCCUGUGACCUUCUGAAGAGAAGAGUCACUCUUAUGUAUCAGUGUGACAUUUGGGAAUAUUUCCGUCCUCCCCACCUCCAGGCUUGUGGGCUGCCUUUGUCCCAAAGAUUCCUACUAUCGUGUAUCGUCCAGGGAGCGGUGGGUUAUUCCAUGGGGACUCCUUUCUUAACUGGUCUCGGGUCUCUCUGAGAGACCUUUCCUAUUUCUUCCCCUACUCCAUCACAAAAAUAAACAUUCUCCAUGUAGAACUUAUUCUAAGUCAGCAGAUAUGGAGCACGAAGCUGGACUAGGAACGCUCAGAAGUGAGCCAACCCAGCCUAGCGCAUCCACCCUAAAUUUUGGCCAUAGAACCAAAAGAAGAAUAUGGCUUUUUGAAUUAUGUACAUUGUGGUAUGUUUACUUGUAUUUCACCUUCUUAGGAAUUAGAAAAACCUCAGAGAUGAGAAUACUUCCUUUUGUUUCUCACCAUUUGGGCAGUACCUGAGUAGUUUUCUAAAAUGCAUCAUUCUAGUGUCAUGAGUUCCUCUUGGGCCUUUAGGGACACUCCUCUCCUAACUCACCUCUUCACCAUUGGGAUUUGGUUUCCAAAGGGCCUGGGGCUGGAUCUAGUGUUCUGGCCCGCCCUUCCCUCCCACUUGUCUUUGCUUUGCCAUCCCUCUAGCCACACUCCUUCUUGGUCCUCCUCCGUCACUAGGACCAGCGUCACAUUUUAGGACAAUCCAGUUUGAAGCCAGAUCCCCCUUCCUACCCAGACCUCACACAACAGAUAAGUCAUUAGCAAACCCAGAUGUAAUCUUCAGGGUUACACACUCCCCCAAGCCAUCUGGUAAUAUCUCUGUGGGGACCCAGGGACUGUUUAUCACCUGUUAGCACAAAGAUGAGGCUGUCCGCUCAGGCUAGUGGUGACAGGGUCCUGACAGGUGGUCUCCUCUCCCUGCCCCUUCCCAUGAUUGGCCAUGACACAUGGGUAGGAUGUCGGGCUCUGUGCAAGGAGAAAUCUUCCUUGGCAAGGAGAAAGUUCAGACAGUGCCUCUAUAUUUUUUUGCCUGCCCCCCCAAUGUAGAAUUGACACCUGACCCAGAGCCCAGCAGGGCCCUCUGCCAGACGUGCCAGGGUGGUUUGAGCAGGCUCCCCAGGUCAAACUGCAGUAGAGUGGUGGAGGGGCCAGUGGGAGAGCUGGCAGCAGGAAGGCUUCCUGAGCGGAUUCUCUCAGCACAAUGUUCCGAGGUCAGUCCAAGCAGGAAAACAGACUGUACAGCAAAUGCUGUGUGAGAUCUUAGGCCUUUAACUUUUUUUUUUUUGGAAAGAAAGAAAAAAGAAAAGUACAAUUAACUAGCCUCUUUUGUAAAUGGGUUUCCUUUCUAUGUAUAAAAUGCCAUCAGUUCCUUGUUUUUACAUGUUCAUGCUGUGUAAUUUUGAGAUGUUACUGAAAUUCUGAACAUAAUGUGCAUUUUUUUCUGUACAGAUGAAAUGGGAGAAUUUAAUAAAGAGUUUGCAGGUUUUUACUUGUUAAA